AAAAUCAUUCGAUAUCUAAAACGACAUCUGAAAUCAUAGAGUUCGCCUUCUCCUGAGUAUAUAAACGAAACGUCGCGCAGAAAAUCAAUUCAAUCGAAAAGUUUCGAAAUCAAGACGAGAAUGAAGAUCUUCAUUUUAUUUUCGCUUUAUUUUUUGUGUUCUCUGUGUCCCGGUACUAAUCUGAAGGAGCUGACGGAUGGGGAAAUCACGAGAAUCAUUGGGUCAGGGUUAAAACUAGGAACCGUACAAUCUUCCAAACUGCAGGAACAAGAUCUUGGACAAAGUUUUACUAUCCAAGUCAUCAUCGCGGAUCAACCAGACAUCACUUUGAACUUCACACGCGUAGAGAACACCUUGAUAAACAACGAGACUACCAUAUGGAUCGCUGAACAAGAAAAAAAAAGUGCUGAAAUCAAAUACAUUGAGGACGAUGCGAUCAUGCCAGCAAUCGGAAAUUUCACUCUUUACCGGGAUUACAAAAACGAAGCUGCAAUUGUUGUAUUUCAUGACACUUACCGCAUUAAAGGGUGGGUGCAGAAUCAUCGAUUCGAAAAUCUUGUAAAGAUUACAAAUGGAUCGAAUGAUUUUAAUGAAAUCUUUGUCUUGAAACAUGCGUACUCACCUCCGGAUUUAAAAGAACUGACUUCGGAUAUCACUUACUCCGAAGUAUUGAUUCAAGUAGCUCACGAAGAUGUUAGCAAGGGCAAACGAAAUGCUGUGAUGACAACGAUUGCAAAUUGGAAUGCCGUAGACAUGUUCUACAGUAAAUUCUAUGAUCCUCCAGUCAGAAUAAACAUCGCUGGCAUCAUCCUCCCGAAAGAUAAGGAAUGCAACCCUUGGGUGACAUCCAACAUAUUCCAAAAUGAAACUGGUAAUUAUUUGAGUCCUCAAAGUUUAAUUGACCUAGAGGUAUAUGUCUCCAAUCUUUCUCAGGACUCUCAAAACGUCGACUUUGAAUUCAUAUUCAACUAUGUCCCAGAAAAUCUCGAUAUUAACGCUACGAAUGCAGCAGGACAAGCAGCCAGGAGCUCGGACCGAAAUAUUCGUGUUGCUAUCAUUCGAAGUGAUGAAUCUCCCUCAACUACUGCUUACAGACUCGGUCGUCUAUCGUCGAGUUCACAGGACGAUGAGAAUUGAGAGUGCAGGGAUGAGGCAGGGAAUAUACAUCCUCGGAAAAAUCCAUCAUGGCUGAAAGUGGCUGAAAAUGAAUAACUAAUAUGAAGACAUAUUUGCAGUGAUAAAAUUAUUAAAAUCUACCCGUCGAUGAAAAUUAAAUAAUGUACAAUCUCCCAUAAG